UGUGCAUUGGAAUUACCUCAAGGGCUUCCGGAAGAGCCUGAUAAAAUGCUCACAAAUUUUAAGAAGCGUAUCAAAAAGUUGAGCAAAUCACGGUCAGUGUCACCCUUCGUGCCACCACGGAGGCAAUUCUGUUCAAAUGAGAUUCAUGAGCCCACAUUUGAGUGUUGUUUCGCUGAAGAAGAUAACGAUGGAGCAUUUCUCGAGGAUUUUCACUUGAAGCCUGCCAAGAGAAAGUCCGGAGAGAGUUUCUUCUUCUGGAAUCUCUGUGACAAACUAGAGAGUGCCAGAAUCACCGACAAUACCCCUGUGAUUGGGAAAAUUUACGAAAAGUUGCCAGACCAUGAUAAAAAGAUACUCAAUCGAAUGGCCAGAAAACGAACGGAGCAGAAUCUCAUGGCUGAAGAUGCAGAAAUUGCCCAUAAGUACUGGGAUGAGGAGAAACAGACCCGGCGAAAUAUGCUGGAGCAGCAUCAGGAGCAGCUCAAUCGAGUAAUUCGGGAGAAUAGGGAGAGAGAAUCCAGAGAGACGGAAGAUCGCCUGGCAUGCCUAGAGAAUCGUGAAAAGUACCAUCGAGAGAAGCUGAAACGUGAAAUCUGGAAUAAGAAUCAGCGCCUGAGUCAUCGCCUGAGGAAUCUCCAAGUAAAACGUGAGAUGCGACAGUGUGAAAAGAGACGUGCUCAAAUGCAGCGUCUCCAGGUUGCAGCCAUCAAUCAACAGGAACACGAUCUGGACAAUCAAAUCCGCCAGCAAAUCCUCUAUGACCAACUCGAGGUAAAGAUCGCCCGGGCUGAGUGUCUCAGACGACGCAUCUUAGAUGUUCAGAGAAAUCGCAUUCAAGCCGACAAUGAACUACAACAACGAAUCCAUGCUAUAAAAUACCAAGAAGUGCAGAGACUUAAUCAGUUCCGCCACCAAAAACUCCUGCUGCACGUAAAAGAGACAGACAGGCGAGCUGAGCAGAUCCGGGAAGCCAAGAAGAGGGACUUAGAGGAGAGUCGACAUGUGGCUGAGAGCUCAAGGACACUCAGGGACUUUAUCCGUCGUUCCCUCAGUCCUGAAGUCUUCCGUGCCAUGAACUGCCGCAGUGUAGCAUCCGAGAGACCUGUCUCCAAUCUCUCCUUCCAGAGUCACGUAAAACUAGGCUGACGUAAAAAACCAGAGAUCUUCUAUUUAUUCUUUUAUUCUUCCUUUCAAAUUAAUAUACGAGCUUCUUCCUAGAUGCUCACCAACAAGCCACUAAAAUGCAUCAACGACGAUAUAGAUUUCAAUAAAAUACUCAACAAGAUCAACAGUUUGCUAUCCCUCCCCUUGAACCCGAUCCCAUUCACCGGUUCACUGCUAAGGAUGGAUUUCUUCUGAAGAGAUUCCUUGAGAACAACACCAAAGUUACCGUUACUGUUUAGACUGCAUCCUAUUUGCUGAACCUAAUAAUAAAACCCUACAAAUACUGAAUUUUACUAGAGCUAGGUUCCAGAAACCAUUUCAAACUGAAAAAAAUCCUCCUAUCCAAUUUUUGGAACCUAACUUGGAUCUGCUAAUUUUUUAGUCUUUCAAAAUCUAGGAUCCGAGAUUUAGUUGUAAAAAGGGAGCCUAAAAACACUUCAGAAAAUAUACAGGCGUUUUGAAGCUAUUCUAGGUUCCAACAGAGUUUCUUGAUAUAAAAGUCUAAACUGAGAAUAGGUUCUACGGUCGUUAAAGAACCUAAAUUGCUUCCCAAAAUAGAAAAAAUUAAAGCGUUGCCUUAAAGACACAAAUUUAAAACCUAUAUUCAUCUAGGAUCUUCGUAUUUAGGUGUCCGAUUAGAUCAUUCAGGUUCCAAAACUUGCAACGUAAACAUAAAUUCGAAAUUGAUAACUCUACUAUCUGAAGUUAAGAGACUACGACUACAGAAUAGGGCGAUUACAGAAGUUAAAGCAAACUUGAACCUAUUUUACAAUACCCUUGUCAGGAGUUAUAAUGCUAAAGAUCAGGGCCAUAAAGUUUCAGGAAUGAACAGGGAUAAAAGAAAUUUAGAAACUUAACCAUUCUUAAAUUUAUCGAAAUCCUAGAUUUAAAAAUCUAAAGACCUGUUCCGAGGUUCCUAAUGGCAACUCAAGGCCUAACGUAAACUUGUAACUAAAUAUCGAAAUUAAUAAGGGUGGUACCUAGAAUUAGAGGCUGAAAAAACGGUUUUAAGAUUCCCUAAACAUCUACUAGGACCAAAAUAAAUUUGGAACCUAGGUAUUUUCGGAAUUAAUAACACCGGUAUCUUGAAUUAAAAAGUCGAAGAACAGGUUCAGCGUUCAUAAUACAACUGCGGGGUCCAAC